UGGUAUAUAAGUGAGCGCCGCUCGGAAAUCCACUUAGUUAUAAUUGAACUGUGAUUGGAGCAUGUUGUCGCUGUUGUGGUGAAGUUCUUCGUUUAUCAUGAAAGCGCGGUUGAACGGUGUCACCAAGAGCCUGUUUGUGCAUCUUAGGCCACAAGGGAAUCCAUCAGGAGGAGAGUGAUGCCACAAACGAUUCCCCGGCGAGAGAUCGGAGUAGCCGCCACACACACACAUACACGCGCGGAACUCUUCUUUUGGAUGCCAUUCAGCAUCGAGAAAAUUCCGGAAAGAUUCAAUCGUUGCUGAAAAAUAAUCUGCCAGUUACCCUGGGAACUGAAAAUACAUUCAUGCAAAAGAGUUCAUUUUAAUGUUUUCUAUCCAUGUAACACUGCGACCAAAUAUUUUUUCAAUCAAGUGCUAUUAACAGAUGGUUAUCGAGUUAGCAUUAACCACUUGUGGGCUUCGAGUAUCGAGGAAAAUCUGGAAAGAAUCUGAAAAAUACUCUGCCAGUUCCCCUGGGAAUUGAAAAAUACAUUGAUGCGAAAGAGUUUAUUCUAAUGUUUUCUAUCAAUAUAACACUGCAACCAAAUACAUUUGGUUUUGUUCAGCUUUUUUCGAGUUGUGAGGGAGCGUAAAAAAGCCAAUACAACAGGAGGAGAAGAGAAGGCGACCAAGAGAGUAUCAGCAUCGAAAAACGGUUCCGCUUGAGGCAUCGGAGCAGCCGCCACACACACACUUACACGCGCGGAAUUCUUUCCAUUUGGUUGCUGUUCAGCAUCGAGAAGAUUCCGGAAAGAUGUAAUCGUUACUGAAAAAUAAUCUGCCAGCUCCCCUUGAAUUUGCGAAAGAGUUUAUUUUAAUGUUUUCUAUCCAUAUAAUACUGCGAUCGAAUACAUUUGGUUUUGUGAUUUCCGGUAAUUUAUUAGAGUUGAAAUGAAUCUUAAGAAGUAAUUCCCGCUCUAUGUGCACUGGGAAACUAUGUUUACUCAACAGUUUCUCAAACGAGAAAUAGGUGUUGUGAGAAAGGAUGCGCGAACGCGAAAAUUAUGUAGACUGGUUUGAUGCAACUAAUAGUUUGUCUAUUGGAAAAGGAAUACAAAUCAUAUCACAAUACAAGCAAUGUAUUAUGUAUUAUACAACUUUUGUGUGAUUGCUUCUUUUGCUGAAUAUUGUGCCUCCAACGUAACGCUCUCGUUUUCGAAGUCCUCCAAACAUUCAUUUAUUCAUUAAUUCAGAAUUGAUUCAGAUCCAGCUAAAACAAACGAUCACUAAAUAAACGAUAGUCCUACGUCACCCUUGCGGUUAUACCACAGAUAUAACCCACUUCCUGUUUUUUUCAUAAAGAAUAUCGACUGUACAAAACCUUACCUAAUAAGGCAAAGACAGCAACAAGUGCGUUCCGCAGUGUCUGUAUAGUGUUUUUGAAACGUGAUUUGGAUUUUUGACCAAGAAUUAAAUUAAUGUUAGUAUGUAAGACGAUAAAGAUAUGACGGAUACAAUACUGCUUUCAGCUUUGGUGUUUUUUAAAUUCGUUUUUAUCCAAGUAUACAUCAGUAAAAAAUUACAAUGAAUUAAUUUUUUUAUUGAUAUAUAUUUGAGACGAUCGCCAACAGUUUGAGUAUCGCGCGCAAACCGGCAUAGAGAAACUUGAAAUAGAGCAUUCGCGAAAAUAAAUUGUUUUUUUUUAAUAAAACCAAAUCAUUCCACGGGAUGGAAGGUGGAAGCUGAAAAGAACCUAAACCGAAAUAUAUUAUUGUUUUUAACAGAAAAUUAUAACGAGAUUUCUCACUGUUGGGGCAGAUUCCCAUGUCGGUCCCUAGGGACUGACAUUAAGCUUUUCUUUAAAAAAACGGUGAUCAUUGGGGCUGGCAGUUACAGAAUAAGGGAAUAAUAAAAUAUAUGGUUUGUCUUCGGAAUUUUUACGGUUUAGUCGAAUUUCUGACUAUGUUAUUUUAGUAAUAGGAGUACCGGUAAGUUUCAUCGUUAUUUUAUUCAAAAAUUAAUGCUUUAUUCUGCUAAAAUGGUUACAAAUUUAAUAUUCAAAGUAUGUCCCAUCGCUAGUCACAACUUUUUCCCAUCUUUCUGGCAAUUCACGGAUCCCUUUGCGGAAAUAAUCGGCCGGUUUGUCGGCUAACCACAAAUUGAUCCAAUUUUUGACUUCAUCAAAAUUGGAGAAGUGCUGGUCAACCAUGCCAUAUUGCAUCGAUCGAAAAAGACAGUAAUCGGACGGAGCAAUGUCUGAAGAAUACGGCAGGUGGGAUAGGACCUCCCAUUUCAGCGAUUUCAAGUAUGUUUUGACCGGUCUCGCGACAUGCGCCCGUGCGUUGUCGUGCUGCAAAAUAACUUUAUCGUGUCUUUGUUCGUAUUGCGGCCGUUUUUCCUUCAGUGCACGGCUCAAACGAAUCAAUUGUUGGCGGUAGAGGUCCCCCGCAAUGGUUUCAUUCGGUUUUAACUGCUUAUAGUACACCAUAGCUGUUCACACCAAAUAGACAGCAUAACUUUCUGGCCGUGAAUAUUCCGCGCGGCCGUCGAUGUUGGCCGGGGUAUCCAUACGUUGCCCGACAUUUAGGAUUGUCGUGAAAAAACGACGUUCGACGUCUCGUGGCUUCAAUUCAUACUGCACCCAAUGUCCUAUCUUUCGGAUCAUUCCCAUUACUUUUAAACGAUCGAAUAUGGUUUGCUGAGCUACUCCAAGUGUAUCUGCAAGUUCUUGUUGUGUUUGUGACGGAUCUUGAUCGAGUAAAGCCUCCUAUUCUUCAUCUUCAAACUUUUUUGGCGGUCCGGAACGUUCUUCGUCUUCCAAGUCAAAACUACCACUUUUGAACCGUGCAAACACGUCGGACACGUUUGCUCAGUUGGUGCAUGAUCACCAUAAACUUCCACCAAAAUGCGAUGACUUUCCGCAGCUUUUUUCUUUAUAUUGAAGUAAUGAAGUAACAUUCCCCGCAAAAACACUCUCGUUGGUACGAAAUUCGACAUAUUCGAAGUGGCAAAAACUAUGUUGUUUACGCUUCAACUUUUUGACAUAUACUAAAAAAAGACGCGCAAUGACAGUAGUUUUCCAACGAAUGUUCUGAAAUUCUGGUCUAAUUCUGCUGAUUCUGAGAAUUAAAGCGGCUGAAAUAAUAUUCUCUUUAGUUACCUCCUCUGUUUUCUAAGAUAUAGUUUGAGUUCUGGAACUUAAUUGAUACACUGUGUACACAAUAAAGACAUGUCAUUCAGCAUCUUAGUUCUCAACUAAGUACUGUUCAAACACACGAUCCACAUACCUCGUUAAAGCAAUGUUUCUUUAGGGAGGAAAAUUUUGGAACAAUCAUUUGGGCAAAUAUUGAAACACUUUGCUACAUUAAGAAAAUUGCGUUAGAACCAUUCAAGAAUUGUGAAAAAUCUAAGGUACUCAUUUUAAGUCUGCUAAUGCUGUGAUAAAGAAGAUUUUUAUUUACGCCGUUAUUCUCUGCUCAUACUUUUAGCUCAUUGAUCUUCUGAAUCUUAAAUUUUCAGAAUCUGAAGUAUCUCAAUUGGAAUAAAAUAAGCCUAAUCGAGCAAUUGACCGGUCAACAUGAAUACGCAUAUCGAAUUUAUUCACAUAAGAUGGCUCCCGAAUUGAUUCUUCGAUAGCGCGUCUUCGAUCUGGCGAUUUUUGUCAUGCGUAAUGGGGCAAACACGUGUAAUGAAAUUCAAAUCCAUCAUCCUUUCCGAACAACUCCGUACACAUCUCAUCGGACUCGCUUAGCAUAUCGUUAUAACAAAUUCUUUUCGGUCGACCUCUGUUUGCGAAACCGGCCGCCAUAUGACGUAAAUGGUUGCGCUUGAGCUCGGAAAGACAGAGGGCGCUCAGAGAGAGAGUGACGAACCAGAACAAUUCGCUAAGCGUAACCCUGAACCUAGGAAGAAUGGCACCCGCAGUUGUAGUUCGUAAUCUUGUUAAUCUUACGUCGCUGAAUAAGUAAGUCAAUUGCCCGCAACCUAAGAAAAAGACGUAUUUUCUUCGUCUUAUCUUGGAUACCCAGUGACCGGCAGAAGGCAAAGUACGUCUUUUGUUCUUCGGUAGACAAUAAAUGGCAUAGUUUUUCUAUAUUACACUCUCGGGGAGAAAUGAAGAGUAUACGGGACAUUUGGUAAAGAAUAUUUUUCAAAAACAAUUCUACUCUGGGAAGGGUUAUCUUUUCUUCGUUGAUCACUGUACACGUCUAUUUGCUAUUCCACGAGCUCUGUCUCACGGGAUACGCUUCAAGAGAUGUCUUGGUUGUCUUCUACACUUUCAGUCUAAUACAUGUGAUUGAUGUGGGAGGACGUAGAAUAAGUCAGUUUGUUUAAAGACUUAUACAAUUGUUUACGUAAAAAUAAUGAUGAAAACAAAUUGUACACCGAGCGCCUUAAAGUGCGAAGAACAGCUGCCGACGGGUACGAAGAAAAAAACACAUCUGCAGCGUGUAACGCUGCAAAGAAUGGGAUCAUUCACGUCGGCACCCCAGAUCAACAAUGUCGACUACCAGGAUGACCAGCUGGAGAUCUCUGCCGGAAUGUCCAUUCCGGACCUGAUUGAGUACUGCCGAAUAAUGCGAGGCGAGAAUCGACCAGCGCUAGUGAAUCGGCACUUUCUCCGGUCGGAUGAUCGUGCCGCGCAAACCAACCUGACGGAUGGUUUCCGGAUGUUGAAACUGGAUGAGAUUUCUAAGACUUGCAGUGAACCAACGACGAAUCCAGCUCAACUACGGAUUUUCCAGUGGAAUAUGCUCUCGCAGACUCUCGGCAUGCAUAAUGAUGGCUUCGUUAGGUGUCCGAUUGACGCACUCACCUGGGAUUGCAGGCAGUAUCAGGUUAUCCAGGAAAUAAUACAAAACGACCCGGAUAUCAUCUGUCUUCAGGAGGUGGACCACUUCAAGUUUCUCCAGAAGAUUCUGGCCACGCAAAACUACGAAGGAGUAUUCUUCCCGAAGCCCGACUCGCCCUGUUUGUACAUCAGUGGCAACAAUGGACCGGAUGGGUGUGCAGUAUUCUACCGAAAGGAUCGUCUGGAGCUGAUCAAUCACUUUACGCGGGUGUUGGAGGUGUGGCGCGUCCAGAGCAACCAGGUGGCGAUAGCGGCUCUCUUCCGGACACGUGACACUAAUCAGGAGAUUUGCGUAACUACCACUCAUCUCAAGGCGCGCAAAGGAGCUCUGCUGUCGAAGCUUCGCAAUGAACAGGGCAAAGAUUUGCUCGGUUUCGUCAGUGGUCUGGCGAAGAAACGCCCGGUGAUACUUUGUGGUGACUUCAAUGCUGAACCGAUUGAACCCGUCUACAGUACUGUGCUGAACUACAAGGCGUUGGGUCUGGCAAGUGCCUAUUCGGAUCUGUUGGCACAAGAAUUUCCGCCGACGGCGAAUGAAAAUGAUCUGAAUAUCGCAAAUAAGGACAGUUCCUCCCCGAUUUUGCUGCACAGGGCCAGCACGGAAUCCAAUCAUAGCGCGGACGAUGAUUGCAGCAUAAGUUCCGCCGGAAGAACGAAGGCUGAGCUAUCCGCCGCUAGUGAACCUUCCUACACGACGUGGAAGAUCCGCGAGGAAGGGGAAGUGUGCCAUACCAUUGAUUACGUUUUCUAUUCCAAAGAUCAGAUCACUGUGAAAAAUUGCCUCAUGUUUCCAUCUGGGGAAGAGAUUGGACCGGACCGAACACCCAGCUAUCAGUACCCCUCCGAUCACUUUUCGCUGGUGUGCGAUUUCGAGCUUCAACCAGCGAAAAGUAAUCAGCAAGAGAAGCCACAACAUCAACUCUAAUGAAAAGAGAUCUGGACAAACGGAACGGAACCAUUGUACCGAAAGUAUCAAAUUAGUUUGUAAGGAUGACAACCUUUGAGCUAUGCUCGAAUAUAAAAUAACAAACAAUUCUUCCGCAACGAACUAAAGUUCAACAGAAAAGUGUAGGACAAACAGGAAUGACAAAACGCAGGCGAACACUAAUUGGAAGUCAAACCAAUACAAUUGGCUUGAGUCUAAACACAAUUAUGAUUAGGAAAUUAAGUGUACAGUUUGUGAUAACUAGAUGUGAUAUUAAAUGGAGUGGCUUCCCUUUGAUGGGCGGGCCUAAAGAGGGGAGAAGAUUCCCGAUUUUACUAUUUUGUUCUUGUUUUUUUAAUGCUAUUCGACUAUUUUAAGCUAGACAGUGGAUGUAGCAUUUGGUUGCACGAAGUUCUUUAAGCAUGAGCCAUAAUGAAGGAUUUAGGUUAACAGUGGUACGAGUGGGAUGAAUUCUGUGCAAUACACCUCAACUCGAAGGAAAUCAAUGAGAGAUCAUCUGCUUAUACAGUAUCUCUCUGUCAAUUACAAUUGGACAGAUAGGUGAAGAGAUGGGAAAACCCCCUGGAUUGGGAAAGUAGCUUUAAGGUUGUAAUUGAAUUCGACGUAUGUUUUAAAAUGAACGAAAAAGCAAAAUUAUAAAUAAAGAACUACAAACAGUACCAGAUAAA